CUAUUUUUUUAUAUUAAAAAAAAUAAUAGUUUAUAUCUUUAUAUAAACUAUAGGAGUUUAAAUAAAGUUUUUAUAAAAAAUUAUUUUUUUUUAUUUUUUAUUUCGGAAAUUCUUGACAGGGUUUCAAGUAAUAAAUAUUUUUUAAAAAUUAAUAUUAAAAAUAUUUAA